ACCUCAUGGAAAUAAAGGAGGAAGGUGAAGAACACGAAGUGAAAGAGGAGCACCAACAGAGUUUUAUAACUGAAGAAAAUUCAUUCAGCUCCACACAAACUGAAGAGAAUUUACCUAAAGCAAGAGCUAAAGCCAAAAGAUCUCUUGCUUGCCAUUUUUGUAAUAAGACUUACUCACAAAAAGGGCACCUAACGUAUCACAUAAGGAUUCACACUGGUGAGAGGCCUUAUGGAUGCUCCCAGUGUAAGAAGACUUUCCAAACAAAAUCAAAUCUAGACCGUCACGUACAAGUUCACACUGGAGGGAAACCUUUCACGUGUCCUCAGUGUGAUAAAACUUUCAAAUCAAAAUCAAAUCUAAAGAGUCACAUACGAAUUCAUACGGGUGAGAAGCCUUACUCAUGCCAUCUGUGUGACAAAAGUUACACACUAGCACAAAGUCUCAAACUUCAUCUGCAGUUUCAUUCGAAUGAAAAGCCGUUUAGCUGCGAUCAGUGCGGCCAUACGUGUCCUUCAGCAAAACACCUAAAGAAACACCAGUUGAUUCAUACAGGUGAGAAGCCGUAUUUGUGUUCUGUUUGUGGGAAGAGUUUUCGAUAUCUCGAAAAUAUUAGAGCGCACCAGAAAAGGCACGUGGGUGUGAAAAACCAUGUGUGCUCUGUGUGUGAUAAAGCCUUUCUGACAACCAAUGACCUGGAGCAACAUCAGAAGAUCCAUAAUGAAGAAAACCCCUAAAAGUGUUCACAUUGUGUAAAGAGUUUUAUUGAGUCUGUGACGCUGAUCAAACACAAGUGACUGUUUACUGGAGAGAAGCUGCACCGCUGUCAUUCAUGUUGGAGAAGUUUCAGACGAUCACACAGCUGCAGACUCACAGAGAAAAGAGCAGUGAACAAAGAUCAACUUUAGUCUUCAGGUCCAAGCACAUGAUGUGAAAUGAAGAUAAAACUCACAAUUGAAUUACUCCAAAAUAUAUACAUUUUAUUGAAAUUUGAUAGCUCAACAUAAAGCUGCCCUGGAGUACUUGACUAGAUUGGGAUACCUUUCCAGUUAACUUUAUCUAAAGGCAUGUGUGCCCUGGCUCUUAAAAGUUAUUUGUCUAAAAUCAGCCUUCAUUGGUUGCCAUGUUUGUUUUUAAGUCCAUCCAGUAAACAAUCAAAAAGUAAAGAUGUGAUGUUUUAAGAUAUACUUUAUUGAUGUAGUUUUCAUAAAGUGUAAUUUAUUUACUUUGUUAUGUAAAUUUAAUCAUAAUUAAGAUGCAGUGUUAUUUAUUUGGUAGAGUAUAUAUUGUAAUGGUUUGACAAAUGUGUUAUAUUUAACCUUGAAUAUAUUUAUUUUACCCAUACAUUCAUGAUUUUAAUAUUUUCUUGGGUGUAGAAGAUGAUAGUUCAAUAAUUUUCUUUUCAUUUCACGAAUAUUGAACAUAGAUUGAAUAAAGGGACUUUUAUUUUGCAUACUAUAACGCACGAAAGUUGUUGGGAAAUCAAUUCGGACAACAAUUUAUGACAAAAGAACAUUUAUUGAGAAAAACAUCUUAUAAAAGUCUUGAUUUUGUAAAUAUUUACCUAAAAACUACUGCGUUAAUUGAUACAUUAUAAUAGGUUAAGUUAACGCGUUAUCAUCUGCUCACACUCCAGUCUAGUAGAUGGCGAUAAUGCGCUAUUAAACUGAUUUGCCAACCGUCAGAAAAAAAUUGAAGAAGAGGAAGUGACGUCAUAAGAGUUGCGCUGCCGCUCGUCUGUCUGUUAAAAGAAGAUUGUGGUGUUUGUGUGAGAUUACAUUAUUGUAAAGUACUUAAAGCUGUUUCACUAGAGCUUCAUGUACUUCAUUUAUACAAAGUGAGGAACAAAUACUGAGAUUUACUUCACUUUUAAGCCAUUCAGGACAGUUGAAAGGCGGCUUUAAAGUGACUUAAAUUCAGACAAAGAUGACCGGUGGGCCGGAAAAGAUGAUUGGAGGGCCGCAUUUGGCCCGCGGGCUGCCAGUUAACAUCUUGUCAUUGAUAUUUGGCACCAGGCUAUCGAUUUUCGCAAUGCACGGAAACCAGUGGUGGCCGGUGACUUCUUUUUUCAAGGUCUAAUGGGGAUGAAAUAGGAAGGUCAAGAACUAAAUAAAAUGGAGCAUGACCAUCAGUACCACAAAAGUCAAGAAAAUUGCUUACAGACUGAUGAGGAUUCAUCUCAAGAAAGAGCAGAAGACACAAUAUCUUUUGCAUGCCAUCUUUAUGGUGAGGCUUUUUCACAAAAAGGACAUUUAAAUGUUGACAUAAAGCCUCAAACGGGAGAAUUGCAAAACACCUUUCCUCAACGUGAAAAGACUUUCACAAGUAAAAGCCACCCUGAGGAUCAUUUAGUAAAUCACACUGGUGAGAGGACCUUUGCGUGCCCUCACUGUCAGAAGACUUUCAAAUUAAAAGGAGAUCUUAAGAAACAUUUAAUAAUUCACACAGAUAAGGGGCCCUUCAUUUGCCCAAAAUGUAGAAAGAUCUACAGACAAAAAAAACACCUUGAGAAACAUUUAUUACGGCACACUGGUGAGAGGAACUUUGCAUGCCCUCAGUGUGAUAAGUGUUUUGAACGACAAAGAAAUCUUACUGUCCACUUAAAGACUCACACUGGAGAAAGGCCCUACAGCUGUCCUCAGUGUGACAAGUGUUUUAAACAACAGGCAACUCUAAAUGUUCACAUACAGACUCACUCUACUGAAAAGCCACACGCCUGUCCUCAUUGUGGAAAGACUUUCAGACAAAAAAAGCACGUUACGGAACAUUUAGUGAUUCACACCCGUGAGAAGACCUUCACCUGCCCUCAGUGUCAUAAGAGUUUUUUACGAAGUAGUAGUCUUUAUGUUCACUUAAAGAAGCACACUGGAGAAAGACCAUUCACAUGCCCUCAUUGUGAUAAGGGUUUUUUACAAAAAAGUACUCUUUAUGUUCACUUAAAGACGCACACUGGAGAAAGGCCCUACAGCUGCCCUCAGUGUGGAAAGACUUACAGAAAUACUUGUGCCCUAAAGGAUCAUUUAGUUACUCACAGUGUUGAGAAGCCCUUCAUCUGCCCUCAGUGUGAUAAGGGUUUUUCACGAAAAAGUGCUCUUAAUGUUCACUUACAGACUCACACUGGAGAAAGACGCUUCACAUGCCCUGAGUGUGAUAAGAGUUUUUCACGAAAAUGUAGGCUUGAUUUUCACUUAAAGACUCACGCUGGAGAAGAGACAAACAUAUGUGAACCACCAAAGCCUUUUUCUUGCCCUCAAUGUGGAAAAAGUUAUAUACACAGCGCAAGCCUUUAUAAUCAUAUGAGGAUUCACAGUGGUUAUAGCCCUUACACCUGUCCUCAUUGUGGAAAGAGUUCCACAACAAAAAAACAUUUGGAGAAUCACAUACGCAUUCACACUGGAGAGAAACCUUUCAGGUGCCCGCAGUGUGACAAGAGUUUUAAAGAACGAGGAGCUCUUCUGUGCCACAUAAGAAUCCAUACAGGUGAGAAGCCUUACUCGUGCCAUCUGUGUGAUAAGAGCUUUUGCCAAAAAGAAAAUCUUAAGGUGCACAUACGAGUUCAUACAGGUGAGAAGCCUUACUUAUGCCAUCUGUGUGAUAACCGUUACGCACGGGCACGAAGUCUCAGAUUGCAUCUGCUGUCUGACCAUUCUGUAGAAAAUCCCUAAAAGUGCUCACAUUGUGUAAAGAGUUUUAUUGAGUCUGUGACGCUGAUCAAACACAAGUGACUGUAUACUGGAGAGAAGCUGCACCGCUGUCAUUCAUGUUGAAGAAGUUUCAGACGAUCACACAGCUGCAGACUCACAGAGAAAAAAGCGAUGUCUGUAAAGAGGGAACAAAGAUCAACUUCAGUCUUCAGGUCCAAGCACAUGAUGGGAAAUGAAGAUAAACUAUACAAUUAAAUUAAUUACUUUAUAUAUAAUAUUAGUUUAAUUUGCUAAGAUUUGAUUGCUCAACAUACAAUUUGCCCGAAUGAGUUAACUAGAUUAAGAUAUUCCUUUUGUUAUUUUUAUACAUAUAUGUGUGUACCCUGGCUCUUAUGAGUUAUUUGUUCAUAAAUCAGUCUGCAUUAGUUGUCAUGUUUCUUUUGAGUGCAUCCAUAAAACAAUGAAAAUAAA